AUGAGCUAUGUAUCCGCUGCUGCUCCUGGUGCCGCCGCAGCCGCCUGGUCUCCUAUUUGCAGAAAACAAAGCAGCUGCAGCAGCUCCAACCUUAGCACCUACGAAGAUUUAGAAGACACGGAGACACGGGUAAAGGAACCCGAGAAGCAAACACUCCUCAGCCAUCACAAAGAGAAGCACUUCACCGCCGGCGAAAUCGUCCGCGACAUCAUCAUCGGCGUAUCGGAUGGCCUCACCGUGCCCUUCGCCCUCGCCGCCGGCUUGUCGGGCGCCAAUGCCACUUCCUCCAUAGUCCUCACCGCCGGCAUCGCCGAAGUCGCGGCCGGCGCCAUCUCCAUGGGACUCGGCGGGUAUCUUGCUGCAAAAAGCGAAGCUGAUCACUACAUGAGAGAACUAAAGAGGGAACAAGAAGAAAUCAUUGCCGUUCCUGAUACAGAGGCGGCGGAGGUAGCGGAGAUAUUUGCACAGUACGGGAUAGAGCCGCAUGAAUAUACGCCUGUUGUGAAUGCUCUCAGGAAGAAGCCCCAAGCAUGGCUUGAUUUCAUGAUGAAGUAA